GCGGCUGUGGCCGCCGCCGCCGCUCGUCGCCGCCGCCGCGGCGCUGUCGUGCGGGUGCUGGCCGCCGCCGCCGCCGUGGCCAUGGCCAUUGCCGUCGCCGCCGCCGCCGCUUCUCCUCAGGAGCCGCCUGUCGUGCGGCUGCUGGGGCCAGAGUGCCGGACGCUGACCGUCGGCGACGGCGAUUUGGCCUUCUCGGCUGCGCUGGCCGACAGCUGGGGGCACGCGCGCGCCCGAGGCCUGGUGGCCACCGUCUACGACUUGGACACGGAGGUGGCGAAGAAGUACGCCGCCGCCCCCGGACGCAUCUCGCGGCUACGGGAAGCGGGCGCCGAGG